AGGGAGGGAGGUAGAGAGAGUGAAAUUGCUCUUUUAACUGCCUGUCGUCACACCUUUUUUCUUUUAUUUCCUGCACUGUUUCUCCGAGCAGAGUGAAAAUAAAGGAGCUCGUCUGAAAGGUUGAUAGCAGCUCCAUGGCUAACAUGAAUGGGACACAGUUUCCCGCUCAUGCAGUGAACCAGCCACUGACCAACGCCACCGGCCGCUUUUGGCAGGUGGAGCCCAUCAGCCAGGGCGUCCAAAUUGCUGCAACUCUGAUCAUCUUCCUGGUGGGCAUACCUCUGAAUGGCCUGGUGGUUUGGGCUCUUGGAUUUCACGGCCGUCGACACCUGGUGCACAGAGGUGCCAAUGGUUCGAAGCAUGCCGCCAGCAGUUUCCGCAUAUAUGUCCUGAACCUGGCCCUGGCUGACCUGGUGCUGCUUGUGCGUACCCCUCUCAUGCUGGGCUACCUCGCUAACGGAAACAGUUGGCCGUUUAGUCACGGCUUCUGCCGUCUGAUCAUGUUCCUGCGGGGCCUGGGGUUGUACGCCUCCGCCUUCCUCCUCUGUGCCGUGGCCUUGGAACGAUGCCUGUGCCUGCUGAAGCCCAUGUGGGCUCGACUGCAACGGCCACCCUGGGCUGUUCCUCUGGCGUGUGGCAUCUUGUGGCUGCUAGCUGCCAUCCUGUCUGCCCCAUACUUGCACACCGCCGAGCUUUUUGAAAUUAACAAGGCUUACCAGUGCCUGGAGAGUGGGAAGUUUAACAUGGGCCUGUUUGUAACAGAAACGGUGGCAGGUUUCAUCGUGCCGCUGCUGGUGUUCGUUGGAAGUAACAUUGCCGUUUUACUCACCAUUCAGCAAGUAGUGCCUCCAACGCCCACCUCCUCCACUGCUUCCACCUCGCGCAGGAUGGUCAGGAUGUACCAUGUGCUCUUUUUCACCAUGCUUUUUUUCCUCACCUGCUGGGUGCCCUAUUUUUUUUGCCGUUUCCUACGAGUCUUGGUUGAGGGACGACCUGACUGGACCAAACUGUACACUGGAGCAUUAUAUGGCACGUACAUAUCACUGUAUCUGGUGUACAUCAAGAGUGCACUAAAUCCUGUGCUGUAUGUGUUUGCUGCCAGAGGCUUAGGCCGCGCCAUCAGAGACUCACUUGUCUCCACUAUUGAACGACUUUUCAACGAUGAAUCCUCAGAGUCCAUACGAAGAAAAUCACUUAAGAACUCACAGAUUUGACCAGGAGUUUAAAGUUUUAGAGACAAAAAUAUGACACUCCAUUGCGAUUGAUGUAAAUAUUUCAUGGAAAUAUUUUUAUAAAAAUGGAUGGACGUCUUGCUGAGACCAAGAGCCACUGGACGUCUUACUUUGUAGUCUGUUGCUACACAGCCAUUGGGCACAGAUGGCCACACCCCACCUGCCAAGUAAAUGAUACUGUUCGCAGUCGAAAAACGCAAGCCUGACUUUAGGGCUUUAUCCUUCCAAACCGAACCAUACCAUGACUGAAACACAGCUUAUGAGUGCUGUGUUCAUAUAACAAUGAAAGCCUAAUUUGUGGGGCAUGCAUUACCGCAAGGUGGCAGCAGCAGUGCAGUCCGAAUGUAGUUUUUGGGAGUGUAAAAACAUAGAGAGUACAAAAGGACAAAAAAAAAGAAAUCACACAGGAUUUCUCCACCAUCAGCUAAAAACAAGAACAUACAAGGUCAGUAAAAAAAUGAAAAAAUAAAAAAAUAUGACUGACGAUGUCAAAAAUGCUGCGUAUGUUGCUACAUGCUGAAGGCAGGGUCAUAAUUGGCAUGAAAAUGUAUUCAUGCACCAUCUUGUCGAUUAGAUUCACGGGCAGGAAACAUCCUCUACAUAGAUAAUAACCACAAUGUCACUAAUUCCAGGCCACAGAGUAACUUCUGUCACAUUAUUUCCUCUAAAAUAAAAUAAAAAAUGUUUAUUUGCAUGUUCUCAUCCUGGUUCUAAAUUUGUUUAGUCAAACAUGAUAUUUCCGCUGAUAUAAUCGGUCCUUAUCUACAUAUCUGGCACUACCAGCACCUACUGAAUAACAUGUUGAAUGACUCUAAGCUCUUACACGACUAAGUCAUCGGAAUGUAAAUAUGUUGCACUGUAAAUUAACUGCAUCUAAGACUCCUCCUUAUUUAUGAAAAGAUGAUUGCAUUAUUUUUUUUGUACAUAAAAGCAGAGCUAUCUUUCGUGUUCUUUUGAAAUGGAAAUAAACUCAUAAGAUCA